CCACGCUGGCAUGCACGUCCAUGGCUCUAUAAAUACCCACCAUCCUUCAUUCGCUCGUCCAUCAAAACCAAGGGGAGGAAACCAUUUCGUAGUUAGCACAACUUCUCAAUGGCCAGCAGAGAGGAUGGUAGCAUUGUGUUAGGGCCGUGGGGUGGAUCUGGUGGGACUGCAUGGUCGUUUGAGAAAGCUCAGGCGAUCACCAAAAUCAGAAUAAGCGUGGGGGAUGUCAUUGAUUCGAUUACCUUCCAGUAUAUGGAUGGCGCGAUAGCUCGCUGGUCCCCUAGGUACGGGGGUUCUGGGGGCAAGUCUACAGAGAUAGAGCUUGGAUCGACCGAGUUCAUUAUCUCCAUGAAGGGCUAUUACGGCGCUUACGCAGGAAUGACAAUCGUAUACUCACUCACGUUUGUUACCACUGUUCGUGAGUAUGGUCCUUAUGGCCGAGAACAAGGAACUCAGUUUUCUGUUCCAAAGGGUACAGGUUGGAUUAGCGGCUUCCAAGGGCGCUCGGGUAACCUGCUUGAUGCAAUUGGGGUAUACAUGAAAACAUCUUUGGAGUCUGCCGUCGUGGUUGGGCCAUGGGGUGGAUCUGGUGGGACCCCGUGGUUAUUUGAGAAUGCUCUGGCGAUCACCAAAAUCAAAAUUAGCGCGGGGGACGUCAUUGAUUCAAUUAGCUUCCAGUAUAUGGAUGGCGCGACAGCCCGCUGGUCCCCUACGUACGGGGGGACCGGGGGCAAGCCUACAGAGAUUGAUCUUGGAACCAACAAUCACCUUAAGGCUAUAUCCGGUCAUUAUGGCAACUAUUAUGGCAUCGUCGUCAUAAGGUCCCUUACAUUUGUGAGCACUACGGGCACCUAUGGGCCAUUCGGACAGGAGGAAGGAACUGCUUUCUCUCUUCCUGUGAAAGCCGGAAAUGUUGUUGCCUUCUUCGGACGUGCAGGUCAAUGGCUUGAUGCGCUUGGGUUCCACUUGAAGCCCACUUCGGCCUAGCUAUUCCAAAUUAGCUUUGGAUGUCUACUUAUCUACCGCAUUGUAAUAAAUAUUGGAGAUGCUAUCUCCAAGCUGUGGCUGUAGUUGUAUCUCUUUCAUCUGUUCUACCAGAUAUGUAUGUCUGCUUUUGAUCUAUCUGAUCGUAAUAAAUUGAGAUGUUUUGAACUCUCUGUUAUUAUCUUAUUAAA